AUGGCUGCCCACUUGGCCACAGAGCCUGUGAAAUGCAUCAUCCCCAGCGCCAUAGCGGCCGGGGACGUCAAUUUCUUCGGAGCCAAGUCUUGCGCAGGAAACUCCCAGGACAGUUUCCAGAACAUUGGAUGCAACACUUGCCUCGACCCCCCUGGCGAUUUCGGAGCCGUGAACUUCUCGGGGCUUGGCUCUGGAAACAUACCCUCUAGGACGGAUGCACUGCUGCGUCCCUCACUGGACAACAAUCCGGAGAUGUCUGUUUCAUACAGGGUGCGACGGCCAUCCGCUCUGCCUUUGUUGCUUGCUGAGCUUGAAUAUUUUUCCUACUUUCGUUCUGAGGAGUUAAAGGGCGAAGCAUCGAAACAUGUUGAUUUUGGUUGUGCCAGUGAAUUGGCAAAGAACUCGAUAUUUUUAUAUUGCCCGUCAAUAUUCUCUUGGCGUGUCUUCGAUGUUGAAGAAAAGAUUUGGGCCACCUGUGGCUGUACGAAGUCAGCUGAGAAGGACACCAAGCUUCAUGUCGGGGAUAACUUACACGUCGGCAUUGCUUCGGUGCACGUCACAGUUAUAAAUACGAAAGGCAGCAAGACGAACACUCGUCUGCAAAAGCAAGUGUCACAUGGGGUGAGGAAUACCGAGCCUCGAGGAAAGGCUGUUCGGGAGAAUUUGAAGGGUGAGCGUUAUGAGCACACUGAGGCACUAAGAUCUAAGGUCUAUUGUCGGCAAAGUAGACAGAAAUAUAAUAGAACAGCCGGAAGAGGGCAUAGCGGGGUGCUUGAAGAGCAGGCAAAGAGGAGCUGA